ACUGUGCGAAAGUACCGGUGACUUAUUUAAAGUGUUUGGUUAUUUUCACUCGUUUCGAGAUGUAAAUUUUGAUUCAAUGAAGCCAGUCUUAUCGUUACAAGCCAACUCAGAGGCCAUAAAGUCACCUGACAAGUAUCAAGGAUGGUUGAAAAAACUUGGUGGAAAGCUAAAAAUUUGGAAAGAAAGAUAUUAUGUUUUGACUGAUACACAUCUUUACUAUUAUACUGGAACUGACAGAAAAAAACUUCUGGGUGAAUUUUGUUUGGAUUUCGCACAAAUAGAAUCUGAUACUGGUGAUUUAGAGUAUAAUGGGGAUAAAUCAUGUUUAUUACUACUUAAAAUUAACGGUUCUCCAUCCUUACAAAAUACUCAAAAUCAUAUUGGUCAUUCACAACAGCAUAAUCAACAAUCUCAACAACAUCAACAAGUUGUGCUCUGUGCUCCUAAUCCACGUGAGCGAAAGUUAUGGUUAAGAGCUAUACGAAAAGUCCUAUACCUACAUGAUGGUGGUGCCUUGUUUGGGACACAUUUGGAUGAAGUAUUUCCUUAUACAAGAAGUGAUAAUGAAUUUCUACCUCGUAUAGUCUAUGAAACUGUACAAUUUAUUCGAGAAAAUGGAUUAGACGCAGAAGGAAUUUUUAGAAAAUGUGGCAAACAAAAUGCAAUUCAAUCAUUAGCUGAUUUAUAUGAUUUAGCUUGUCCAGGACCAAUUCUUAUUCCUACGGAACAUGAUGUUCAUCUUGUGUCAGGAUUAUUGAAAUAUUAUUUAAGAGAAUUACCUGAACCAGUGAUACCAUAUAAAUAUUAUGAUAAAUUAAAAGCUGCUGGUUAUCGAAUCGCUGAUGGACAAGAAUUAUCUGAUUAUAUUCAUUUAUUUGAAAAUUUACCAUCACCGAAUUAUAAUCUACUCAAAUAUUUAUGUCAAUUCCUUUAUGAGGUAUCUGAACAUGAAAAACUAAAUCGAAUGUCGAUAGCUAGUUUAGCUAGUAUGUUUGCACCGAAUUUUUUGCGUCAACAAGAAGAAGAUCCACAUAUUGAAAUGUCAGCCUCACAACUCAUUAAUCAUACAGUCACUGAACUUAUAAGAGCACAUCAAAUUCUAUUUCAACAAGAAUUAAAAACACCUAAUUGGGCAAAGUUAAAUAUCAAUGAUCAUGUAUCACAUAGUCACACAACACCGAUAGACUUUAAAAGAAUACAGAUUCAAAUGAAUACUCCAGUGUCUAAAUGUAAACCUACCAACGAUUCAUGCAUGUUAAUGGAACGAAAUCAACAUUUAUUUACAGAGUCACCUAUUUAUGAAAGCCCAAAAAGUUCUCUUCAUCAGUCAGUAGUAAAUUCCAAUAAUAAUAAUAAUCAUAAUAAUAAUAAUAGGACUGAUCAUCAUCAUCAUCAUCAUAAUCAUCAUUAUGCUCUUGAGAAUGGUAGACACAAUCAUAUUGCUUCAACAAAAGUAACUACUACCACUACAUUUACUGCUACUACUAACAGUAGUAAUAAUAAUAACAGCAAUAAUGUUAUAACUAAUCCUAUUCAACAUAUUCAUCAACACAAUCAGAAUUCUAUUUUAUUAAAUAAUGCCAAAAGUUCACAUGAUGAUCAUACUAGAAACUUGCACAUGAGAUCACCCAGACAAGAUCAUUCAGACGCUAAUCAUCAAUUGGCUACAAUGAAUGCAACUACGACUACAACACCGACAACAACAACAACAACAAAUACUACUACUCGUCAUCAUCAUCAUAAUCAUCAUGAACAAAAAGAAUCUAGAUUGCAACUUCGUAAAUUACACACAGAAAGUGGUGAAUAUGAAUUAGGCUCACUUGCUGAUGAUGAAUCAGAAGAAAAUCUACAAUCUGUCAGUCAUAAAACCGAUUCAACAGAAUAUACAAUUAUUAAUGUUUAUAAAAAUGGAGAAGGAGGCCAAUGCCUAGACUAUGUCAGUCAAAUUCAGCCAAAUAAAAAUAAUGUCAAAUCAAGUGAAAAAUAUUUCAACAGUUUACCAGAACAUAGACGUGAUUUAGAUUUAACUAAUAAAUCAGUUAAAACUCGUCCGGAAAUUCCAGUUCAGUGGUCAACACACAGUAAUGUUCCGAACUUAUCCGUUGGGAAGAGUACACCCACUACUAAUACUACUACUGCUACUGCCACUAAUACUAAUACACACCAGUCUGAGUUAAAUGAAACUUCCAUGUCCUUUAAUUUAGAUGAUUUAUCUAAGAUAUAUAUGAACAGUGAGAAACUGGCCCAUAUACAAACAUCACUAUGUAAAACUGUUUCCACUAAUACCAACACUACUACUACUUCUACUGUUUCUGCUACUACCAACAAUAUUAAUGGAACAACAAAAACUAUUAAUGGUAACAUUUCAAAGGAUCCACUUUUGAUUAAUCCUAAUAAAAUUGAAAUGAAUGGUUAUAAUUCAUUAAAGAGGAAUAUUUCUCUUAAAGAUUUUGUUCAGAAUAAAAAUUCCACUAAAGUUAAACAAACUGAAUCAUUCAAUACACUUAGUCCAAUGGAACAAAUUCGUUAUUGGCGUUCAGUUGCUGCAACAGCUCAAGCUAAUGCAGCGGGUCAGUUGGCUAAAACUGAGAAAUUAACUCAAGAAGUAGCAAGAUUACGUUGGGAUUUAAGUAUAUCUCAUAUGGAAAAUAAUUUAUUACGUCAAAAUUUAGCAUCAGUUCAAGCGGAAUUAGAUUGUCUUCGUCAAAUUCCUAAAGAUGUUUCAAACUAUGUGCAACAUAAGGAAAGUAUUCAUCAAGCAUUAUAUCCUUAGUUAACAUAAUAUUUAAUAGGGUAUUGUAUGAAAAAGAAGCAGCUUUCUCGAAUCUAUCAUAAUAUUAUUGAUCUCGAUACGAAAUACCACUAUUCAUGCACAUUUAUAUGUAUUUGUUUGUACGCACAAUUUUUUUGUUGUUGAAAUAUAAAAACAUUUUGAAAAUGAUAACAACACUAGUAUCAUCAUUGUUAUGAUUUAUUGGCCUCCAUUUUUAAAAAAUCAUUCAUUGUUGAAUUUGAAAAUUAUUAAUUUUAAUUUUAAAAAAAUACCAUAAUCAGUUUCUUCUUGUAAACUGUAAGCCUUAUUGGUUCUUUGCCUUAACAAACGAAGAAACACGUAAAGUAAUCAUACAAAAGAAACAAAUUCAUUUAUGUCAUUAUUCUAAUAAUUAAAAAAAAAACAACACGUAAAUGAUGAAGGAGAAAACACGAUAAUUUCAUUACUAAAACAUACUAACUGAUACUGUAAAUUAUGUUACAUUAACUGUACAUUGUCUUCUUUUUCAUUUAUUCAAAAUAAUUAAAUUAUUAAGUAACUAUUAAAACAAUUUUAAUAAUUGUUAUUGUUAUUAUUAUUAAAAUAAGUAAAAAGAAGAAUUAUUUGAAUUUAUUCUUCUCUAUAAUGAAUUCAUUGAAAUAAAUUUUACUUUAUUAAUUA